AUGAGUCUUAUCACAGUUUUUGGGGCGACCGGUAAUCAAGGAAGCUCCGUUGUCCGGUCCCUCCUACAAAACCCCUCCUUCCGCGUCCGAGCCAUCACCCGCAAUCCCUCAUCUCCUACAAGCCAAGCACUAGCUGCUGCGGGGGCCGAAAUUGUUAAAGCUGAUGGCUUCAGAGUGGAAGAAAUUCGGGCUGCCUUCGAAGGGAGCUGGGGCGCCUUUAUUAACAUUAAUUCGGACGACAAGGUGUUUACAAACCCGAAUGGCCCAACCGAGUUCGAUCUGGGGAAGACGAUUGUCGAUGCGGCUGCUGAUGCCGGAGUGAAGCACUUUGUCUUCAGCUCAGGACCCCCAUGCACUGAAAUGACGGAAGGCAAGGUCCGCAUGAAAGCCAUGGAUAUGAAAUACCAGAUUGAGAGAUACGCCCAGAACCUUGAUCGCUUCGAGACUGUCAUCCCCAUCGGUGCCGCAUGGUUUUUUGAAAACUUCCUUGGCAAGGAGGCUGCCCCAGUCUUCGGCGGAUUUCCCCAUUUCCCUGAUGACGAGGGCAUUCGAACCUUUCGUGUUCCUUACUGGGGUGGCGAAGAGCGCGUACCUUUCUUAAGUGUUGUAGAGGACUGGGGAGAUGUUGUUCAGGGCAUAUUCUUGGAUCCCACUCGCUGGAAUGGACAUUUUGUCCACGGAAUCAGCACUAUCUGCAGCUUUGAUCAGCUGGUCCAGGACUUCCAGCAAGCUACGGGACAUCCGUCUCGAUUUAUUCCAGUUCUCCCUUCGUGGGAGGCGUUCGAGACUCAUGGUAUUCAUGAGCUCCAGGAUGUGAAACUUAUGUUUGGUUUCACUCAAAAUACUGGUGGCUUGUAUUUUGCUACCGCAAGCGAAACUGACACUGCGGCCGUGUUGAAGAAAUCCACAGCACAGGCAUUAGGUCGCCCAGAGGCCGAACACAAUCUAGCAACACUACUAGUCUGGUUCAAGCACCAUGCGAAGGACUUUGAAUAA